GGUGACCUUGAGCCGCAAAACUGCUGUCCACGUGGACUGGGUCUGACAUUGCACGCCUAUCCGCCAGGACCCCUGUGUCCAAACUCCGAGACAUGGCGACCAACGGCAGCAAGGUGGCCGAUGGGCAGAUCUCCACGGAGGUCAGCGAGGCCCCCGUGGCCAAUGACAAGCCCAAAACCCUGGUGGUCAAGGUGCAGAAGAAGGCGGGGGACCUUCCUGACCGGGACACGUGGAAGGGCCGCUUCGACUUCCUCAUGUCUUGCGUGGGCUAUGCCAUCGGCCUGGGCAACGUCUGGAGGUUCCCCUACCUCUGCGGGAAAAACGGCGGCGGAGCCUUCCUCAUCCCCUACUUCCUGACGCUCAUCUUUGCGGGGGUCCCACUCUUCCUGCUGGAGUGCUCCCUGGGCCAGUACACGUCCAUCGGGGGGCUGGGGGUGUGGAAGCUGGCCCCCAUGUUCAAGGGCGUGGGCCUCGCGGCUGCCGUGCUGUCAUUCUGGCUCAACAUCUACUACAUCGUCAUCAUCUCCUGGGCCAUCUACUACCUGUACAACUCCUUCACCACGACACUCCCAUGGAAACAAUGUGACAACCCCUGGAACACAGACCGCUGCUUCUCCAACUACAGCAUUGUCAACACCACCAACAUGACCAGUGCCGUGGUGGAGUUCUGGGAGCGCAACAUGCACCAGAUGACCGACGGGCUGGAUAAGCCAGGUCAGAUCCGCUGGCCGCUGGCCAUCACGCUGGCCAUCGCCUGGAUCCUUGUGUAUUUCUGUAUCUGGAAAGGAGUUGGCUGGACUGGAAAGGUGGUCUACUUCUCUGCCACAUACCCCUACAUCAUGCUGAUCAUCCUGUUCUUCCGCGGAGUGACGCUGCCCGGGGCCAAGGAGGGCAUCCUCUUCUACAUUACGCCCAACUUCCGAAAGCUGUCCGACUCCGAGGUGUGGCUGGAUGCGGCUACCCAGAUCUUCUUCUCCUACGGGCUGGGCCUGGGAUCCCUGAUCGCCCUCGGGAGCUACAACUCUUUCCACAACAAUGUCUACAGGGACUCCAUCAUCGUCUGCUGCAUCAAUUCCUGCACCAGCAUGUUUGCGGGAUUCGUCAUCUUCUCCAUCGUGGGCUUCAUGGCCCAUGUCACCAAGCGGUCCAUUGCUGAUGUGGCGGCUUCAGGCCCGGGGCUGGCGUUCCUGGCAUACCCGGAGGCGGUGACCCAGCUGCCCAUCUCUCCCCUCUGGGCCAUCCUCUUCUUCUCGAUGCUGCUGAUGUUGGGCAUUGACAGCCAGUUCUGCACCGUGGAGGGCUUCAUCACGGCCCUGGUGGACGAGUACCCCAGACUCCUCCGCAACCGCCGGGAGCUCUUCAUUGCUGCCGUCUGCAUCAUCUCCUACCUGAUCGGCCUCUCUAACAUCACCCAGGGGGGCAUUUAUGUCUUCAAGCUUUUUGAUUACUACUCUGCCAGUGGCAUGAGCCUGCUGUUCCUCGUGUUCUUUGAAUGUGUCUCUAUUUCCUGGUUUUACGGUGUCAACCGAUUCUACGACAAUAUCCAAGAGAUGGUUGGCUCCAGGCCCUGCAUCUGGUGGAAACUCUGCUGGUCUUUCUUCACCCCAAUCAUCGUGGCGGGCGUGUUCAUUUUCAGUGCCGUGCAGAUGACUCCUCUCACCAUGGGAAGCUACGUUUUCCCCAAGUGGGGGCAGGGCGUGGGCUGGCUCAUGGCUCUGUCUUCCAUGGUCCUCAUCCCAGGGUACAUGGCCUACAUGUUCCUCACCUUAAAGGGCUCCCUGAAGCAGCGCAUCCAGGUCAUGAUCCAGCCCAGCGAAGACAUCGUUCGCCCGGAGAACGGGCCGGAGCAGCCGCAGGCCAGCGGCUCGGCCAGCAAGGAGGCCUACAUCUAGGGCGGGGGCGCGCCGGCCCCGCGCUCUCAGCCCGCCCCGGCAGCGCGACCACCACUUGCCGUCUGAGGAUACCUUCUAGCGCAACCUACCUCGAGUGGCGAGUCCGGGCACCAUCACCACGCAGAGAGAGGGGAGGUGGGGGACAGUGAGACUCCUGGGCGGGCCCUGCGGUGGGCAAGGAUACCCGGUGGGCUGGUGACCGUCCAACCCAGGCCCCGUAGCAUCC